UUCGGAAUACAAUUGAUUCCAUAACAUGUGAUGAAUCAUUUAUCACAAAUAAUAUUUUUUGGUACACACAGUCAUUAAGAUAAAGCAAAGUACAUCAGACCCUAAUUCCCAACAGUUCAAAAACCAUUCUCCACUCCGACGCAAGAUGGCAACUACCACAUACCCCAGAAAACCAAUCCUCAUCUCAGGCGCCGGUCUCGCGUCUCUUUUACUCGCACAAUCCCUCCUCGGCGCCCAAAUCCCCUUCCUAAUCUUCGAAAAAGACGCAUCCCUCUCCUUCCGCGCCCAAGGCUACCGUCUCCGCCUCUCCGCCGAAGGCCUCGACGCGAUCGAAUCCGUGCUCGGCCCCAAAGAUUUCCAGACCUUCUGGGACCGAUGCGGGAAAACCGGCGGCGGAGGAGCUACUGCCAUAGAUGCCAGGACUGGGCUGAAGAAAGAAUUUCCGCAGCCGCCUGCUGAUGAGAAGCCGACGAAUCGGGUGGAGAAUUUGUCUUCGAGGGAGGGGAAGAUUGUGGGGAUUUCGAGGGGCGAUAUGAGGGCUUUGUUUAUGAAGGGGUGUGAGGCGUUUGUGUAUUUUUCGCACCAGGUCACGGGGUACGAACUUACGGAUUCUGGAGUUAGAGCGGUGUUUGCGGAUGGGUCGAAGUCAGUCGAGGGGGAGAUGUUGGUUGGUGGCGAGGGCAUUUAUUCUAAAGUCGCAAAACAGGUUUCUGGAGGGAAACUGAAAGUCUAUGAUACGGGAGCGAGAGGGAUUCAUGGACAGGCGCCCAGUACGGCAUUCAAGGGGCUGGGCGAGGGGGUUUGGGUUAUGAGGGAUGAGAGCAAUCCGAAGGGUAAGAUGUUUGUGAUUACGAAUGUGAGGCCGGGGGAGAUGGAUGAUCCGGAUGUGCAGUUUGGGUGGACAUUGGGGUCUCAGCCAGGCGUGAUUCAAGUACCGAAUGAUGAUUAUUCUUUGGUUGGGAAGCCGGCAGCGGAUAUUGCGAAGGCAUUGACGGCGGAGUGGGAUCCGAAGCUUAGGCCUCUGUUUACGGAGAUGACGGAGUAUGAAGCUGCGUUUUGGAAGAUCACUUGCUCAACUCCGAGUGGGGUUCCGGAAUGGAAGAAUGAACCGCGUGUUACUGUUAUUGGAGAUGCGGUGCACUCGAUGACUCCUGCGGGGGGCAUUGGAGCGAAUACGGCUAUGAGGGAUUCGGCGUUGCUGGGAAAACUGUUGGCAGACGCGGGCGGGUAUAAAGAGGGGAUUACAGAAGCUUAUGAAAAGGAGAUGAGAAUUUACGGUAGUGAAGCUGUGAAGUCAAGUUACGGGAUGGCAAAGAUGCAAUUUGGUGUUGUUAUCGAUGGGAACUCCAAUACGGUAUGAAGGGAAAGAGAGGGUAGAAAGAGAUAUAGAUCAAUUUUUUCAGUCGUCAAAGAGUUGUCUUGCAGUAUGUCAUUAUAUCUAAAGGUAUCUUCCCACUCUCAUUAUCAUCAGUGUGCGCCUAAAUAUGCGCCAAGUACUGUACAGAUACCAAUUCUAAACAUCCCCUUGCCG